UUAUUAUUAAAAAAUGUUAUUGAUAAGACACUGAGGGGAAGACUUAUCCUUGAUGCAUUUUGACUUUUAUUUUGUCCUCAAGGUAGAAUGAAAACCUAUGAUCCACAGACCACAUAUGCCACUUCAUGGGAUAAUAAGUGACAUUGCACAUGGUAUUCUCUACAUUGGCUCUUUAUCUUUACCUACAUCCAAAGUCUUAUUUUUCAACACUUAGACCUUAACUGUGAAGGAAUUGAUAUAAAAUCCCUGCAGAUUCUGUUUCAUGUGACUUUAUCACUCUGAAGUUAAUAAUCACAGCAAGAGUAAUGUGUUUGACCAAUGACAGCACCUUCCCUGGGUUCAUUUUGGUAGGCUUUUGUGACCGGCCUCAGCUAGAGCUGGUUCUUUUUGGGGUAAUCUUGUGUCUUUACCAAGGCAAUGUUACCAUCAUCCUAGUUUCCCUCUUGGACUCUAAACUGCACACCCCAACGUACUUUUUCCUCUCCCACCUCUCCCUCCUGGACCUCUGUUUCACCAGCAGCAUUAUUCCUCAGCUUCUAGUCAACCUGGGUGGUUCAGAUAAGUCCAUCAUUUAUGGUGGCUGUGUGGUUCAGCUCUAUGUCUCUCUUGCCCUGGGAUCCACGGAGUGUGUCCUCCUGGCUGUGAUGUCCUGUGAUCGGUACAUCGCUGUCUGCCGUCCUCUACAUUAUGCCUUUGCCGUGCGCCCCAGCCUCUGUCAUACCCUGGCAUCUGUGGCAUGGCUCAGUGGGGUAGCUACCACUCUUAUACAGUCCACUCUCACCCUGCAGUUGCCUUUCUGUGGGCAUCACCAAGUGGAUCAUUUUGUCUGUGAGGUCCCUGUGCUCAUCAAGUUGGCUUGUGUGGAAACGACUUUCAAUCAAGAGGAGCUAUUUGCGGCUAGUGUUUUAUUCCUGGUGGUGCCUUUAUCACUCAUCCUGAUCUCCUACUGGAACAUUGCCAGAGCAGUACUGAAGAUCAAGUCAGCCAUCGGAUGACACAAGGCAUUUGGGACCUGUUCCUCCCACUUAAUGGUUGUCAUAAUCUUCUAUGGAACCAUCAUCUUCAUGUACCUGCAGCCAGCCAAGAGCAGAUCCAAAGACCAAGGAAAGUUUGUUUCCCUUUUCUACACUGUGGUGACCCCCAUACUGAACCCUCUCAUCUACACCCUGAGAAACAAAGAAGUAAAGGCAGCAAUGAAAAAAAUUCUUGAUAGAACAUUAUGGCUCAGUGAAACAUGA